CGCAAUUAUUGCUUUUUUGCUUUCAUUGAUUAGAUGGGUCAAAAAAAUGCAAGGAAAUCCAAUUAGAGAUGCAGGAUUGAAUUCCGAUGAGCAAGGCUCACAGGAUACAGUCGCUCCAAGCAUCAUUCCUCCUCGUAAACCAAAGAAGUUAGGAAUGCCAAAGUUACAAUUACCUGCUCGCCCAUCUUCAUCUUCUUCCUCUAAUCUUCAACCUUCAGGAUCACGAUUAGCACCACCUCCAUUAGGUCUAUCAAUGCAAGCUUCAACAUCACAACCCUCUUUACAUCUGGCCAUACCAGCAGGAAACUCGUUUGGUCAUCUCAAUUCAGACGCAGAUGAAGGAUAUGAAGGUUCUGCAGGCAAUACAUUCAAUCCUAUUGGCGGAAUUGGAUCAACUACAAAUGUGACAUCAAUCACAACGAGUUAUCCGGAUACUGUUCCAUUCGCUUCAGGAUCACAAGAUCCAUAUGCUAUGGCAAAUGAUCUGAGAAGAGCAAUUGGACGUAUAAGCCUUGAUGAAGUAGGAAAUGCAUCUUCAGAUGAUGCUGAAUCAUCUUCUCGUCGAUACAGCGGUGGUGAAAGAACGCAAUAUGGGAUGUCAACAGCUUCUACUGCAACAAGCGGCAGUCAAUCAAGUCUACGGAUACCCGGAUCAACAACGACCACAACAAGUACAGGUUCAUUUACAAACAUAGCAAAUCAAUCAAAUAGCGGCAGCGGCUCAUCAGAAAAUGUAUCGCCUUUGCAUCAAACCGACGCAUCUCCCGAGCUCAAGAGAAGAUCGCCAGGUCAAGAACUUGAAGAUGAAUCUGAGUUAAAUGUGAAAGGGAAUUUGGAAAUCCUUGACCGACUGGGAGAAGGCGCUUCUGGAGAAGUACGAAAAGCACGAUACAAACCGACUGGAACGAUUUUGGCUAUCAAAACUAUCAGUACUUCUCCCAAUCCGGCUAUACAUCGUCAAAUAUUACGUGAACUUGCAUUUAACAGGACAUGUCAUUCGGAGUAUAUUACACGUUACUAUGGUGCCUACUUGGCAGAUGAGGAUACCAGCAUUGUGAUCUGCAUGGAAUUUGGAGAAGCAGGAAGCUUGGAUAGCAUCUACAAGCGUGUCAAGCAAAGGAAUGGUCGCAUUGGAGAGAAGAUUUUGGCCAGGAUAGCGGAAAGCGGUUUGAAAGGCUUAGCAUACUUGCAUGAGCGCAAGAUUAUUCAUCGUGAUAUAAAACCCUCAAACAUCUUGGUCACCAGAGAUGGUCAGAUUAAAUUAUGUGAUUUCGGAGUCUCUGGAGAAUUGAUCAAUUCGAUGGCAGGUACAUUUACAGGAACAAGUUAUUAUAUGGCACCAGAAAGGAUCAAAGGAUUACCGUACACGAUCACUUCUGAUGUUUGGUCUUUGGGAUUAACGGUACUAGAGCUGGCCUCGAAUCGUUUCCCAUUUCCACCAGAAGGAGAACCACCGCUUGGUCCAAUCGAUCUGUUGUCGUACGUGAUUACGAUGAAAGUGCCGGAGCUCAAAGAUGAUCCAGCAGCCGGCGUGAAAUGGACAAGAGUUUUCAAAGAUUUCUUGGAGCAUUGCUUGGAGAAGGACGGUAAUCAGAGAUAUGGUCCGGUAAAAAUGCUCAAUCAUCCUUGGAUGAAGAAAGCCAUGGCACGGGUACCACAACCAGAUGUAGGGAAAUUCGUAGCGGAAGUUUGGGGAUGGCAAAGUCCUAUUUCAGCAAUUUCACCACCUUCUGCCGUUUCAAGCUCAGUUUCUCCAUCAUCUGCACCUGCUGAGCCAGCCGUCAACGCACAAGGACAUGUUGUGGUUGCCGAGAAUAUCACUGUACCAGGUCUAGGCCGAGUUGCAAGUUUACGAAAAGCACCUUCUCCGAUCGUUCCGUUGGCAUCGGCCAUGAAGAGUAUCAGCGAUCAGGCAUCAAACGGAGGAGGCAUCCCUAUUAAAGAUGAAACGAUCCUGGAAGAGCCUUCACAUUCAGAAGCAAAGCCUCAAUCGAGACCCCAACCUAAUCGUCUUGCCGGACUAUCAUUGUUCAGCGAGAAAGGUUUCAUCAAUUCGGAAGGAAUCGAUGCUGAAGGAAGAACGCCGCAAGAUCGAGCAAAAGCACGUCAAAGAGAAGCAGAUGUUGGCUUAGUGGGAAGUCCAACGCAAGAGUAAAGAGAGAGCUUACACUUAUUUUCAUACUAUUUAUGAUACCUUUUCAGCACGCAAAUAUCAAAUUUGUUUGAUCCUAUAUGAAAUAGGAAAUGUUUUGUGAAAAUGCCAUUGUGAGAGCAUAAACGGUGUGAUGAAUACGUAUACAUGGUACAAGCAACAAACGUUGGCCUUAUGUUACGUCAAGCAAGUUUGUUUGCAUUUACUCAUCAUCUUCAUCAACAUCAGCGCUAACGUUGAAGAAUUUGAUUUCGAAACCUUGCUUGCUGGUAGCAACGACACGCAACCAAUCACGCAAUUGAGAGCGUUUCAAAUAACGUUUUGUCAAGUAUUUGAGGUAACGCUUUG